CAUUUAUAGAUGCAGAUCCAAAAAUGACACUGUGCGCUGUGAGUUGCCUGGAGCUCACUCGUGAAGCGGUGCACAGUGCUUAUUAGUUUACUCCGUCGAAACCUCUGCCGCUCUAUAAUCCCCCACAUCCAAACCCUCCAUGCAGGAUUUCAGCUAUGGUGGAUCCAUGGUGGUAUCUAUUAGGUGCUGCAAUACCAGCUGUUGUUGCUGGGCAAGCCUUUAGGAUGAAGAAAAAGAGAGCUGAAGAACAGAGGCUAAAGAGUGCCAGAGGACGUGAAAAAAGCUCUGAUGAAAUAUUUGUUUGUGAGAGGGUGUGCACUUCAAAGAGGAUGUUAAAGAAGGUUGGCGCGUUAUCUAAAGACCCUAUUCUUGAUACUUGUGUCACUGUUUGUGGUGUUUCUGAGCUUGAUGCUUGUGCUGAUGCUUGUGCAAGAACUGUCUGUGUUAAUCAACAUCAAGUGCCCAACUGGAAUGAUGUCUGUCUACGUAGGUGCCAAAAUGAGUGCCUUAGGCUAUCCAAUUCCUCUCUUACUUCUUAAGAUUUAUGAGGUUAAUGGGCAUUCACCAAUUUAAAGAAGUUUCAUGUAUUUUACAUUUUUUUUACUCCGUUGUUGAUACUCUCAUUGCAAAUUCCUUGUCUGCCAGGGCUCUUUAAUUCUUCUGCUGCUUUUGGUGUUCA